UCUGCCAUUUGGACUUCUUAUUUGACUUGAAAGUUCAAACAGCUCCAACUUACCAAACAAAAUUCAACUUGAGGGGAGACUUUGUCGGCCUCCAUCUCUCGUUUAUUCUCUAUUCUGCAAACUGCAAGGAUUGCCGCUCUCUCGUGAUUAUCUUCUAGAACUGCAGUAUAUUCGUCAAGGGGUACUCUGAUCACUUUUCAAGGACAGAUAUGGGACUGAAGGAUCUUCAUCUCAUGCUCAAGGGACUCAGGUUGAAACGCUUUCUGAUAGGAGAUGGGGGGAGCAAGAAAAGAAAGCUGAAGAUUUCAAGGAGGCCUUCAUGGAUGAUGCAAGUAUCACAUGGAUAUCAUGUUGUUGAGGAUCAAUCAUUUAGCAGUACUGGUUCAGAUCAUGAGCCUGAGUCUGACUCUGUUGUGGUACAGAGAGAGCAAAUUGAUGACCUUGAGUCGUGGUUUUUCGGAGUUUUCGACCCUCAAGUUGGAGAUGAUGUUACCAAGUACGUGCGAUCCCAUUUAUUUGACAGGAACCCCAAAGAGACUCACAUAAGGAGAAAGAGCAAAGAGACAAUGAGGAAGGCUUACCUUGGUGCAAGAGCAAAGAUCAGAGAGACACAGAAAGCAGAUGAGACGAGUAGAGCGGGUUCAGUAUCUGUGUUGGUCAUCAACACCGAAAAGCUUGUGACGGCUUCCAUGGGAAACUAUAGAGCUGUUGUCUGCAGAAAUGGUGUGGCUCGUGAGAUAGGCAAAAGGGACCAGAAAUCAGACAAAAGAUAUUGGUCUCGCAGACUCUUUUCGGUACGCAAAUAUUUGGGCAAAGCAGCCGGCACUAAGCAAUCCAAAGGCUCGGACCUUGUUGUUGGUGCUGAAAGAAUUGAUUCAAGUACUGAAUUUGUCAUCUUAGCAAGCACUGGCAUAUGGGAGGUUAUGAAUAACCAAGAGGCUGUGCAUCUCAUCGGGCACAUAGAAGAUCCACAAGAAGCUGCUGAGUGCUUGGCAAAGGAGGCUUUAGUCAGAAGGAGCAGAAGCAGCAUUUCUUGUUUGAUCAUGCGCUUUGACUAACAUCUUUUCAUGUUUUUUAAUUGCGACAGAGAUUUAAUUUUUGUUUUUUACAUUGGAUAGUUUUACUGCAUAUUGCUUGACAAAACUAAAGCAAUAUGUAGUGGCAGUGAAAAGACAACGAAGAAAUCAAAAUUUUUGUUUUAGUUUUGUAUUAAAGGCGUGCAUGUUUUCUCCAACAUAUAUGGUU